AUGAAGAAAGAGGAGAGGUAUACCAGCAAGGAGGAGGACAUGAUACGGUUGCUAGACAUUCGUUAUCUCGUGGCCAGGAUUGCCCUUUUGGCUUCUGAAAAGAAAGACGAAGGCGAGUGCGUGUAUGAUGCACACACGGACAAAUUCCGCGCCAUCGUCGUUCUGGCAUCACAAGCGGAAGGCUCUUCAGAGGCGUCCAAGUCCUCAGCAGGCUGGGGAACCGAAAGCGUCCUCGAGCUCGGCUAUAGCUCUCUCCUCUUCAUGGUGGUCAUCAGGUGCCGCCACCUAAGACUGCGACUCGAGGCCCUGAGGUUGAUGAAGAAGCUCAUGCAGCCCGAAAGGAAUAUUUGGGAGAGGAAUUUGACAUGGUCUAUCGCAAAGCGGGUGGUUGAGAUUGAGCAUAAUAUCGCUCUCAGCGAUAUCAUCGAGUUGGACGCCUUCGAUACCUCUGAUGAAGGCAGUGGUGGAUUCGUGCCCGAAGAUAGACGAAUAGUUGCGAUGAACUUUCGCGAACCGCCGGAAGCCACGAUUCCGCCACGGAAAAAGGUGCAUUUCUACCUGAAGAAUCAGAAGACCGGUGAAAUUAUGAAGAGGGAAGAGCAUGUAGCAGUAUGA